AAACACCGAAGAGUUAAAAUUAAAGGAACCUAUUCCGGCUGACUUGGAUUGGAGACAUGACCAAAGAGACUGAGACUCUGGGACUGGUCUUUCAGAGCGAGAACUUCAACUAUAACCGUUACAAUAACCACAUCAUGGACUCCUGGCCCUACCUGGAGAGCCCUGUGCCCGAGCAGACCCACUCCAAACCCAGACUCCACCCAGGAGACGACUUGACAGCCUUAACCAUGCUUUAUGAACAGUGCAAGAGCCAGAAAGAUCAGAAGAUUGCUAACUUCAAUCGUGCGGGCAACAUCUGCAAAACAGAGAGGAGUCUAACCAACACCCAUGAGCUUGUGACAUUGGAGGCCUCCGCCAACGUCAUGAAGAUCCUCUCUGAGAACGUUCCCUUAAGCCAUCACCAAGAGAUUUUGGGAUCCAAGCAGAACAUCUCCCUGCCCAUCUCCGUUCCAACCACCUCAGACACUUACGCCACCCUGACCAGCGUCGUGUCGGACACUUACGACAAACAGGAGCUCAGCAAUAUCUUUGACUCCCUGCUAACCAGUGCUUUCCCGGACCCCAACACGGGGACUCUUCCCUACAUAGGUGACAAUCCCUUCCCUGAAGAUCAGUCCAGCCCGGUCUACUCAGGCUCCUACACCGGCUCCCCACCGGAGAGAUUCAGGAAUGAGUUCCAGUUCUCCCUGGGAGCUCCCCUGGCUUCUUUUUACAAGUCCAGUGAGCUGCCCAUGGUCUACCUGAACAAGGGACAGUUCUACCCCAUUACUCUGUUGGGAGUGGACAGCAGUGCCUGCCUCACCGCCACUAAAGUCAAGACUGUUAUUAUGGCUGUGUUUGAGAAUGACAAGAGCCCAGAUAUGCAGCUCCGCUUUUGGAAUCACUGGCACGCACGUCAGCCAACAGCCAAGCAGAGGGUCAUUGACAUCGCAGACUACAAAGAAGUGUUCAGCGGCAUUAGCAACAUAGAGGAGGUGGCUUUCAAUGCUCUCUCCUUUGUUUGGAACCCCAAUGAAGAAGCCAAGGUGUACAUUGGCAUCAACUCCCUGAGCACAGACUUCUCCGCUCAGAAGGGCGUGAAAGGCCUUCCUCUAAACCUACAGAUCGACACUUAUGACUUCAGCUCGGGAACCAACCAGCUCCUACACAGGGCCGCUUGCCAGGUCAAGAUUUUCUGCGAUAAGGGUGCAGAGAGGAAGAUGCGUGAUGAGGAGAGGAAGAGAAGCAAAAGGAGGGGAAAGGCCGAUGCUCACAACAAGUCCUUAGUGAGCAGCUCCAUGGGUAACGAAUGUACCUUCUUCCAAAUCCUGGAUGACCACAUCACCCAGCCAGUUCUCUUCAUUCCAGAAACACACCUCUCCAGUUUACAGCGCAUGGCCACGCCAAUGGAAGAGAGUGAAAGGAGUUCUAUGAAGAGAUUGUAUCCAGACAGAGACCAGAGCAGCUCUCCACCCAGCAAACAAGUCCACAGAGAAGACUCACAAAGAGUUCUCUUGUACGUGAGGACAUGUGCCGAAGAGGUGUUCGAUGCGCUCAUGCUCAAUGCGCCAACACUGUCAGGCCUCCGAGAAGCUGUCUCAGAAAAGUACGGUAUGCAAAAAGAAACCAUUGGGAAAAUCUACAAAAAAUGCAAGAGAGGGAUUUUCGUUCACAUGGACGACAACAUCAUCCAACACUACACCAACCAGUCGGCCUUCCUCAUUGAGAUGUCCGACGUCGGCGGUCAGUUCCAGGUCACCCUCAUUGAAGUAUGAGAGACGGCGUCCAAUCAGCCGCCAGCUCCAUUGAAGGAUGUAACAAGUCACAGCUGCAAGUUGAAACCAUCUCUAAUAGCACUGCUCAGUCAAAGACAAUGUAAGCUGUGGACUGUCCAGACCAAUCAGAGAACUGGGCCGAAAAGACUUCUUUCAGCUGAAGACGUCAAACUUCCCUCGAUGUUUUAAACACCACCACUCGCCCCAUGGUUUUGUUAUUUGAAUUUGUAACGUGAGAGCAAUUAUGAUGAACAGCCUGUACAUAUAAUGUAAAUAAAUUUUAAUAUGACUGUUUUAUGAAUAGCAUGUCGCAACCCAUUUUUCCAAAAAUUGCUAUGUGUUUCAAUUUGUUUUGAAGAUUGAUGAUUUGUGUACAGUGUAUUUUCAACAUUUUCAGAGGUUGCUAUUCUUGCUGCUUUUAAUGUAUCCAUCAUUUCUUCUACAAGAGCCAAUGGUGCGUUUUCUCACCCACAACCCACUAAUGAGUUUUCUUCACUGCCAUAAGUAUCUUCCUAUAGGUUCCUGUUAGUUUCACGACUAAAAAUGGCCCCACGCUGGGUUUAAUUCAAAAUCUAUAGUCUGACAUUUCCAUCAGUAAAACCACACAAUAGUUAGUAUUGGCCAUCAUUUUGUCCAAAGUUGUGGACAUUUCAGGUUUCCUCGAAACAGUUCAAACCCCCCCAAACCCUGAGGCUUGCCAGCGGACUUUCAUAGUAUGCGUGUAUAUAUGUGUGUGUGUAAAAAGUUGUACAGUUUUUCUCCCUUAUACGUUAUGCAUCAUUUCAAAACGAGCAUGUAUCCCUGUAAUAUUUCAUUAUUAUACCAUUGCAUCCUGGUUGUAUUAGUCACAUCU